AUGGAUUUCCAAUUCACAUCUAGACCAAACUCUGGCAUUAAACCUGUGUGGGCUUCUGGGUCGCAAGAUCCACAGACACCUCAGAAACGGUCGCACAACGAUUUAACCCCUACUACUCCAUCUUUUCCAACCUUCGGGAAUCAAAAUGUGCCCUUUCUCUUCCAAUCCCCGCUCCCACAAACACCACAUUCGCCUGCGUGGGCGCCGCCACAGAACUUCUCGCCCGCGAAGGCAUUUCCCCAGCAAGAACUCAAAGAUGUGGAUAUGGCAGAACCAAGCCCUCCAAAUCGAGAGGAACCACAGGAGGAGGAACGGGCUGUAUCGCUAGGCGGGUUGAAGCGGGUGUUUAAAUCGAGGCGGAAGGAGAGGGAGCGGGCCCUGCGGGUCGCGAAAGACAGACGGGUGGGCGACUCGGAUGAGGAUAGUGACAGCGCAGAGGACAGCGAUGAUGACAACGACAGAAGGUCAAGCCCUCGAAAGUCCAGGAUACAGAAACUCUCACAUCACUACACUUUGAACAUGCCUUCGCCUUCUGUGGAGAAACCGGAUUUGCCUUAUGUUCUCCUUGGCUAUGUUCAGUUUCUAUUCAAUCUCUCACUGCUUCUCAUGUUCCUGUACCUCGUCGUGCAGUUUAUUCUUACGAUCCAACGGGAUGUACAAUACCGCGUAUCAGAAUAUUCGAUGGAAACUGUCCAGGAAAUCUCUAACUGCGCUUCGCAAUUCAAGGCAAAUCUCUGUGGCGACAACCCUGUGCCUGCCAUGAUCCGCCAGUGUGGCAUGUGGGAAACCUGCAUGAGCCGUGACCCAACGAUGGUUGGCCGCUCCAGAGUGAGUGCAGAACUCAUUGGUGAGGUCGUCAACGGGUUUUUCGAACCGAUCAGCUGGAAGACCAUGUUCUUCACGGUCUCGUCCCUCGCGUUCCUAACGUUCUUCAUCAACUCUCUGCUAUCCCUGUAUCGAUCACGACAUCUCCCAUCACACGCCCCAGCCAACAUGCACCAUCAGCCCUCGUACUCGCUACCACCGCCCGGCCCUUACCCUCCCCAUUAUGGCUGGGAUCGCCCAUGGAACGGCGUGGAUGAUGACGACAAUAUGCCCUCCAGAAAACGACGCCUGGAAGGUGGAGAAGCCAUCAAAAUUAAGUGACGAGGUUCCGCCGCACCGGGUCAUCGUCCCAAAUUGUAGAGUUUGAACGGGUAUUCACGGAAACAGCUUUCACUUGUUCUUUGCCGCUAUACUUGUAGCUUCUAUUUC